CGCCGCCGCCGCUACAACCGCGUUCCGCGAGCACGGCUGCGUGGAGCCGCUGCCACCGUCGGCAGUCACCGUUCGCACGCGCGUCGCGACGUACCGUCGCCAUUUCGCCGACCGGGACGGCGACCACGAUCGCCAUCGUCACAACGACAACAACGACGCGAACGAGGACGACGACGACGACGACUGGUGCGGCAAUGAAGAAGAGCUGAGUGCGUCUCGCCGUCGUACACACGCCGGACACGUGAGAUAUGAGUGGUUCAAGAUUUGGCAGAGGCCGGAAUGGCCGUUUAAUUUUUUACGGGAUCUGCGUUAUAGCGAUUCUCGUAGCAAUGUUAGUGUGCCACUUCAUUACCUCGGAAAUGGCCAGGCUUCGAGAAAUGCAUGUACAAUGCCUCCAUCAGCAGGAGUCUCUCGCUGCUCAGUUGCAAGUAAUAUUCGAGUACAAAGUACGACUGGAGAAAUCUCUGGCCGAGGAGAAGAGCUCGAAUGCCGCGGUGAAGCAGGAGCUGCAGCAACGCGCGUCGCGAGAGAAGUCGAUGCGCGACAAGGACAGUAUGGAGGCGUUGGCGAGGUUCAACUCGCUUCAGCAAGCCUACAAUAUUCUGCAGUCGGAACAUCAGGAUCUGCAGGAGGAGUGUAAGAAGCGCGAGACGCAGGCACAGAACGAGUACAAUAAACUGCAAGUAACGCUGCACGGCUUGCGCGUUCGUAUCCAACAUGCUGAAGAGGACAAGACCCAUGCUUUGGAAGAGUUGAAAACCAAGUAUCUGGAAACGGAUAACGAGAAGACCAAGUUGCAAGAAAAGUACAACGAACUGCUGCAAAAUAGAGAGAACACCGGUAGUACUGUCGAUCAUCUUAGAAAGGAGAUCUUCCAGCUCAGACGCGAACUGGAGAGCGCCAAGAAAUUAGCGCACAUAAGUACGCCUUCUAGUUCAGUUCUGAUGACUCCUCGGGCGUCAGUAUCACAAUCGGCGUUGCAAAAGGAAGACUCACAGCCGAUUCCGGCGCCGCAGCAACAACAGCAACAACAGAGCGUGACGAGUUCGCGAAGAGUGGAGAACACCACCGUGGCGAAUGCCAAUCUGGUGUCGCCGUCGCCCGUCGACAAACCCGCGCUGCCACCGGUCAGACCAAAGGUCAAGCUACCGGCCGGCGUAUUGCCCAUACCGAAAAUCAUCGUGCCGAAGCUCGUCGACGACGUGGACGAGGAAAAGCGCCAGGAGGAGACCCGGAAACGGGAGGAGGCGGCGGCGUUUCAUAGUAAUUUGCAGCCACCCCCGGCGAAACUCGCCCCGGCGAAUGCGGAUGACAAGAUGGAAAAAGAAUCGGUAGUCGAAGCCGGCAAUCUAGACCCACCCUUCGUCGCGAAUUUUCGCAAUGACGGCGAACAGCCAGAGAGGAGAAACGACGCCUGGUUGAGAGUAGGUCCCGGGGUACAGGAAGUUGGCGAAGAACCCAAUCAGUUGGGCCGAGUUCCUGGAUUGGACGAUGGACAAGCUAACGGCGGUGACGAUCAGUAUGAUGGCGGCGAUUAUGACAAAGAACCACAGCAAAAGAACGGUAUUCAUCUAGCGGAAGGCGAGGACGAGGGGGAAGACGAGGGCGACAUGCUUGAAUAUCCGCAUAAUUUGAAGCAAGAAAAGCGGGAAUAAAGUCAGCGCCAUUGUACGAAUGUUUUUUAAUGCGACUGGCAAACCGGGUGCUACAAGAGGAAGUCGGCUGAAAAAUAGUCAAACGACCUGACCUGAUCUGACCUGACCUGACCGAUAUUCACGAUCGUUUGGGUUUAAUCAACGUAUAAUACUUAUUGUGCAUUAUAAACUGUACGAAAUUAUUUGAUGUUUGAUACGUCACGAGAAACUGGCAAGGACACGAUUGAAUUCAUCUUCAUCUUUCAUACGAAAUUCUCAUACGGGAUUUUAGCUAAGUAUUGAUAUAUGAUAGUAUAUACACG